AUGCUGCGCCGAGCCCAGCAGUUGGGCUGUCAGUUGCGACCACAUAUGAAGACCCACAAGACCAUUCAAGGUGGCAUUUUGGCCACGGGCGGCACCAAGCGAUGCAUCACUGUGUCGACCCUGGCGGAGGCGGAGUUCUAUGCGGACGCGGGCUUUGAGGACAUUUGUUACGCCGUGCCCAUCACCUCCGAGAAAUUGCCGCGUGCUGCGCAGCUGGCCAAACGCUGUACAUUCCAUGUGUGCAUUGACCACCCUGCGGCACUGGAGGCCUUAUGUCAGUUCUCAGAAAAGGUCUGGUCGGUGUUUCUAAUGGUGGACUGCGGAUAUGGCCGUGAUGGCUCCUUGGACGGUGUUGACCCGGCAGAUCCGCAGUCCUUCGCGAUGGCGAAAGGCUUGGCGGAGUCGCCCCAGACGCAACUGGCGGGGCUCUAUACCCAUGGAGGCCAUUCCUAUGACGCCCAGGACAAGGAAGCCGUUCAACGGAUCGCCUUGGAAGAAUGUGAGGCUGUGGCCAAGUUCGCUGCUGCACUGAGGGCAGAGCCUUGGAAACUUCAGGUGCCAGUGGUGGGUGUGGGUUCCACCCCCACCUGCUCCAAUCCUCCAACAGCGCUGCCGGGGGUGACAGAGAUGCAUCCGGGGAACUACAUCUACUACGACACCAUGCAGCAGGCGUUGGGCUCCUGUAGUGAAAAGGACAUUGCGGUGCGGGUCUUGAUGCGCGUCAUCGGGGCAUAUCCCAAGAAGAAUCUGCUGCUGGUGGACAUGGGCUGGACAGCCUGCAGCAAGCAGGGCGAAGCGUCGAACUUCGGACGGAUCGAAGGCUAUCCGCAGCUGAAGGUGGUGAACCUGAAACAGGAGGCCGGGCUGAUCAGUUCUUGCGAUGGAAGUCCCUUGAACUUCAACGACUUUCCUCUAGGCAUGGGACAGUGGUUGGAGAUGAUAGGGACGCUGCUGCGCCUGGAGCCUUACCAUUCCUGUGCACAUACCAAGCAACACGAUCGGAUCCACAUCUUGGAUGAGGAUCGUCGGACGGUCUUAGAGACCUGGCCCAUUUGCCGCUGGUCCACAUAUGCCCAUCGAGCGGCCAUGAGCGAUCUCGAAGGGCUGCUAGAAGAUGAGGAACGAGACAUUCGCCCGGCUCCGGCUCCUGGACGUUGCUUCUCCAAGGUGGCCCUGGGAACCAGCGUGCCGCUGCUGUUCUUCGGUUUCCUCGCCCUCUCGGCCCGCGUGGCGCCGCUGCGUGUCCGUGGCGACCGGGACGUGGCGCUGCUGGAGGUGACGACCACGACCACGACGCCGGCGACGCGAGACCUGACGACCUUCUACAUGUACAGGGCACAAAGCGACAACGAUUACGACUUUGAGAAUGUGAACGCGGCCAACUUGGCGGGGCUUCUGUGGUACUUGGAGCACGAGGUGGUUUUUCCACAAUGUCCCAGGCAUUACAACAUCACCCGCAUCCUCCGUUUCAAGGUGUCCAUCAAGACACCCGUGCUCUUCCAGCACAACUUUUCGCGCUUCUGGGCUUUCGACCAGGGCAUGUGCACUUCUCCCGAAUGUGCGCAAGACUAUUCAAGACAUGGUUUUACCGUCGGCUGCCAGUACCAAGAUGCGUCUGGUUAUCCCGGUGCAGUGUGGUACUCCUUGCCUGGACUUUGUCCCACCACUCCUCUGGUGGCCAAAGCCACCUGCACGACCAUGCCGGGAGGCAGAUGUGCCAGGCCCAGUGGGGCUAUGGAUUGCACCUGGUCGGCUGAGAAGGCUGGUGAGUUGAAACUCAGUGACGUGGAAGACGUUGCCAACUGGACGGACUUCUGCUUGCACCAUGGCAACGAGUACAUUCUUCCGUUCUGGGACGGCCGGGGUGACACGGCUCACAUGAAGAUGCGCAUGAGCAAGGUCUUGGAGAUGUUUGAGGCGAAAUAUCCAGACGAACCGAUCGAGCUGAAGGUGCUGGUGAUGCGGAGCCUUUGUGUGAUUGGCGUCCGCCAAACUGGAGACCCAGCCUGGUUUGAGUUUGUAGAACUUCCAUCUUUGGACAGCCAUUGGGCCCCAAAACCGGUUGGCCCGCCAUUGGCGCCGCUCAACGAAGGGAGGGCGCAGCCUUACAACACAUUUCCAGAUGUGCUGACCUCAGAUCCUGAGACCGUCGGAGACCGCUGGAGAGCCCUGGGCUACAGAUUGACCGGUCAAUUCAACGUGCCCAGUGUGUAUAAAUUCGACUACAGCGUGGAGAACGUGAGACAGCUGAGGGCACACGGGAUCUCUGCGGUACGUUUGCCCAUCAACGUCUCCUCUGUGAGGGAUCCCACGAAAUUGCAGUCCUAUUUGGAGGCUCUGGACAACCAAGGAAUCCUCUGUUUCUUCGAGGAAUCCCCCGACAUCGCCAUCCAUCCCCAUGGCCUGGGCCGCUUGCGCGACGCUGCUGCACUGCAGUGCGCAGCGGAGGUCUGGCGUGCGGUGCAUGGAGUCUUUGGGUCCAGCCCAGUUCUCUAUGAGAUCUUCAAUGAACCCUUUGGUUAUUCUGAUCCACAAGAGUAUUUGCACGACAUGCCUCAAGUGAUUCACCUGGCGCAGUUGCCACUGGAGCGAUGCAUCCUGGAUGGUUGUGGAUAUGCCGACAAUGUCCAGGUGGUUUCCAGCUUGGGAUGGCGAGGCUUUCUGGGAUACCACUUCUACCCCAAUUGGCUUCCGGAGGGUCAACGCAGCGCCGCGAACUUCGCCUCGAAGCUGCAGACGGACCUGGCCAGCGUGGAUUUCCAGCGAGUCAUCAUCACUGAGUUCGGUGCCGCCCUGACGAUGGAGAAUCCGGAUGAUGCCAACUGUCUCAAGGGACUGGCUCAACAGCUGAAAACCUCGGGAGUGAUGGGAGCCUAUCAUUGGCAUGGCUGGCACAAUGGUGAUAGCUAUGACUUUUGGGAUGCCAAGAACCAAGAGGGUGCGAGUCUGGUGCGCAAAGUCUGGGAUAGCUGCAGUCCCAGCACAAGGAUGCCAUGGCCCCAGACGCCCCAGACCGCCAUCUGCAUCUUUCGCCAUGCGGAGAUGACGCGCUUGGUGGCCCUGAACGAUGACAACUUUGCAACGCUGGGCGAUCCCUGGUGCUUCGAACAGAUCCUUUGCCACGGCUCAGCGGUUGCUAUGGAGUCACUGGUGCCCAUCCAAUGCUGGCGCAGUGGUGAAGCGGCCCUCUAUUGCCAUGAAGGCUGGGAAGGGGACGAUGAUUCAGCGGACGGGAGCUUUGAAAAGGUGGCCUUCCAUGCUUUUCCUCCGGAUUGCGAACUGCCUGGGGUGGUGAAAGUCUAUGAGUUCCGGAAAGGUGCCUUGAGAUACUACGCGCACCAAGCAUGCGCCGGAUUUGCCAAUAUCGAAACUUGGGGCUGGACCCAGAGCCGCGUGGCCUUUUGCAGCAUGGAAGCAGAGGAAAAGAUGGAGCGCGGAUGGAACCUGCGCCCGGAGUUGACGAUUCGAGGUGCAGAUGGCAGAUGGCGAACAGGCGUUGAUGGGCUUUACCAUGUAAGAGCACUCCUGCCAUUGGCUCCGGGGAAGCAUAAGCGGAUGAAUCUCAAUGCGCUGGCGAUCGUCAUCAAUUUGUUGUUGCCCUGGUGUUUCUUCUGUUUCAUUUGCUACGCGCUGUCCUUUACUUGGCACUACCAGGCCCCCGUGUUUGCCUGGAGCAGCGUGCUUCUGGGCUUGGGGAUUGCCGCGCUCAGCGGCAAAUUGGCCUUUCGUUCAGAUGAGUCAGACCCAAAGUGGUAUACUUUCUUCACCUUUGCCAUGCUUGCGGCCGUGUUGUUGGCGGUGGCCUGUGGUGAGUGGAACUACAGGACGUACAACGAGGCCGUCAAUGAUCUUGAAAACAUGAACGCCUAUCCCAAUGUGAAUCCAGCCGCGUUGAAAGGACAGCAGCUCAUGGAUGCCGGCCGGCUGUACUUCAUGGAGGGCUCCGCGCUGGAUCUGAAGAAAGCCAUGAGUUUCAAGAACGAUGACACCUACUGUGUUGCUCCCAUCGUCGUGGGCAAGGAUCAAAUGCCUUCCUACGACUACUGGGCUGUAGGCAUGAAUUGCUGCCCGGGUCAAUCGCCGGAUUUCCGCUGUGGCGAGUACAACAAUGCGCAUGCCAGGGCGGGCUUGCGACUAAUGAGUGAUGAUCAGCGACCCUUCUACCGCCUGGCCGUGCAGCAAGCUGAAGCCGCUUACAACCUCCGGUCUGAGCAUCCCAUGUUCUUCCACUGGGUACAGGAUCCAGUGGCCAUGGCCAACGAACGGCUGGCUGCUGGAACCAGGUUCGUCUUGAAGAGCAUCACAUGUUUCUUCGUCUUCAACUUCUUCUGCGUGUCCUGUGCCAUCAUCGUCUUCUCGAAAUUCAGUGGCCACUAA